AGUUGUUGUGGUUCCGCAGCAGAAACAUCAAGCAAUGCAGUUCUCGGUGUGCCUAAUGCUUACGUUGGUUGCGGCAGCGGCGGCUGCUCCUGCGUAUCCAAAAAAAUAUGAUCCACUCGUCCACGGUCCUAAACGUACGCCGAUCCACAAGGAAUUGAAGGGAAAGUUCCAGGAACCCCUGAAGACGCCUGAAGUAAAUUCCUACGAUGGAUUUGAAGGAGCCUUCGAGGUUCCUCUUCAGCCACCUGCAGAGUACCCAUACCUUCGUGCUGAUGGCCAAGCUCACGGGGACAUUUCUCCUCCUCCUUCCAGCGACGACACAUCCUCAACCACGAGCAGUUACCUCGUGUACGACAAGGAGGAAGAGAUGCUACCUUUUGUUCCACCUCCGGUCUCCAGCUAUGCCAUCAUCCCUGCGUCUAAUGACGGUGCGGAUGCCAUGUCAUUCCUUAGGUUCUUGGUCAGGGCGCUGCCCAAAGAUUCUUCGUACAGCAAGUACAGCGCUGAUCCCGAACCUGAAGAUCUGAACCCUCCAGACCAGCACCCUGAGUCGUCAUACUUGGCAUACGGCGAUGCGACCAAAGCUGACACAAUUAUGGCUCCCAGCACUGAACACAAGAAAGAGAAAACAGUUUCGUCUUAUUCCUCUUAUGAAUAGAAAUCAAUAAAGCUUGACAUGCACAUAUUUCUCGGUAAUUAGCAUCAAAAACCAAAGUUAAGUUCAAGUUUAUGUGUAAAUAAUUAAGAGAACCAAGAAUAGUGACAAGAGAUACUAAGUAUAACUAAUGUAAGAAAAUUUUUGCUGACAAAGCUAAAUUAUCUGCUUUCUAAAGUGCACAUCGUCAUUUGUAAUUAAUUCAAGUAGGUACACUGUAACUGUCAAUUCUGCAGGAUAAUGCAAAUUCGAUCACAAAUAUUGAGUUUCAAGUUUUUGAGCUCUGUAACGAAGAAUCAUAAUAUAGUAGGUGUUGAGAAUUUGGUUUCUAUAUUAAAUUUUCACAGUCGUAAGUUGUAAAUAUGUCAAUUUUUAUAAUGCAACAUUUCCUUUUUCUCCUUACUACACACAAUGAUUUUCUAUAAGAGAAAAUCUUAAAUUAACAGCUUUAACAAAUUAUAAUAUUUUCUCAAUAUUUU